AACAACAUGGCUGCUCCCAUUCGUUUUGAUGGUCUUGUUGCUCUUGUUACCGGUGCUGGUGGUGGUCUGGGAAAAGCAUAUGCAUUGGCCUUUGCUGAGAGGGGAGCAUCAGUUGUAGUAAAUGAUCUUGGUGGAGAUAUCCAUGGAGGUGGGAGAUCAAAAGCGGCUGAUAAGGUUGUUGAUGAGAUCCGGGCCAAGGGAGGAAAAGCUGUGGCAAACUAUGAUUCUGUUGAGGAUGGAGAUAAAGUGGUUCAGACAGCAUUGGACAAUUUUGGAAGAAUUGAUAUCCUUGUGAACAAUGCUGGAAUCUUGCGAGACAGGUCAUUUGCCAGGAUUAGUGACCAGGACUGGGAUUUGAUUCAUCGGGUCCACCUGAGAGGAUCGUUCCUAGUAACUCGCGCUGCUUGGCCACACAUGAAGAAACAGAACUUUGGCAGAAUAAUAAUGACUACAUCAGCAGCUGGUAUCUAUGGAAAUUUUGGACAGGCAAACUAUAGUGCAGCCAAACUGGGCAUUCUUGGAUUGAGCAACACACUGGCAGUUGAAGGAGAGAAAAACAACAUAUUGUGCAACACGAUAGCUCCUAUGGCUGGAUCCAGACUUACAGAGACAGUGAUGCCCCCUGAUAUAAUUGGCGCCUUGAAGCCAGACUACGUGAUGCCCUUGGUUCUCUUCCUGUGUGACAAAAGCUGCCAGGAGACAGGGUCUCUCUAUGAAGUGGGCGCGGGAUGGAUUGCAAAGUUGAGAUGGGAGAGAACAAAAGGAGCCAUCGUCAGAAGACAAGGACAAGCGAUGACGCCAGAGAACGUCCGAGAUAACUGGGACAAGAUUACAGACUUUACAGAGAGUGAUAAUCCAUCGACAGUUCAAGAGUCAUCUGUGUUAAUGAUGAACUUGGUGAAGGAGAUUGAUUCUGGUCGAACCGUCAGAACUAAUUCUACGUCAUCAAACAGCUCAUCUGACCGCAUGGAUCCCGAACUUGUCAAGUCGUAUAAGAUCAGUCCGUCAAUGUUCACGUACAAUGAAAGGGAUGUGAUACUGUACGCUCUGGGAAUCGGCAUGUCAACAAGAGAGGAGAAUUACCUCAAGUUUCUCUACGAAGGUUCUGACGAGUUCUGCGUGCUGCCCACGUUCGGAGUCCUUCCAUCCUUUUCGGCGAUGCGUGCAGUGUUUACUACUGAUAUUCCUGGUCUAAAACAGGACCUUGUCAAGAUUCUUCAUGGAGAACAGUACCUGGAGCUGUUCCAACCCCUCAAACCAAUGGCUACACUAACCAACAGGAUAAAGAUUGCAGAUAUCGUUGACAAGGGGUCAGGGGCACUUGUUCUCUACAACAUUGAAUCUUUUGACGAAAAAGGAGAAAAAGUUGCAUUUAACCAGUCCUCGCUUUUCAUCGUUGGUUCGGGUAAUUUUGGUGGCAAACGAACAUCAGACGCAAUGAUUCCAACUGUGGAUCACCCUAAACGUCGGCCGGAUGCAACAGUCACAGAAUCAACAAAUGUCGACCAGGCCGCUAUCUUCAGACUAAGUGGAGACCGAAACCCGUUACAUAUUGACCCAAGUUUUGCAGCAAUGGCAGGAUUUCAGACUCCAAUUCUUCAUGGAUUAUGCAGCUUUGGUUUUGCUGUCCGUCACGUUUUACAACAGUUUGCCAAUAAUGAUGUGACCAAGUUCAAAUGUGUGAAGGUGCGUUUUUCAAAACCAGUGCUUCCUGGGCAGACCCUACAGACAGACAUGUGGAAGGAAGGCAACCGGAUUCAUUUUGUCACAAAGGUUGUAGAAAAUGGUAAUGUUAGUUUAACAGGAGCAUACGUCGAUCUUAAAGAGGAGAGUACUCCAGUCACAAAACAGGUUUCAACAGAUCUUCAGAGUACGUCCAUAUUUGAAGAGAUGGCUCGUCGUAUUAAGUCAAGUCCUGGCCUUGCAGCUAAGAUCAACGCAAUCUUUCAAUGGAACAUCACAAAGGGAGGCAACCAGGUUGCACAGUGGACUGUCGACAUGAAAACGUCUAAAAAUGGCGAAAUCUACCAAGGGGAGCCGAAGGUAAAGAAAGCCGACUGUACGCUGACGAUAGACGACUCUAAUCUAAGGGAUCUACUCACAGGAAAACUACCAGCAGCCCAGGCAUUCAUGUCAGGGAAGUUGAAGAUCAAGGGUAACAUGAUGUUAGCUCAGAAACUCGGAACUCUGUUCCAAGAACAGUCCAAGCUUUAAGACACUGCCGGGGUUGUACAAGUUUCGCUGCUGUUGGUGUGGCUGUGAUAGACAUUCCAAUCAAAGACAUUGUGUGCUACUUGUAUUGACAGUGCUAAACCAUUUAAACAGUUAAAGCUUCUCUCUCACUUCCCCAUCAAUAUAUGAUAAUUUUCAAAUAUAAAAUACAAACACAAGUGUUGUUUUAAUAAAUGUGUGUAUUUUUACACAAUGUGUGUGUGAUCAGCUGUCUUCAUGUGAUAAACAGGUCUUCUGUCUUGUUUUGCAAUGUGUUGACACAGACCUCAGAAAAGAAUUGAAGCAUCCUGUAAAUUGGCAGUACAUAGCAAGUUAAUACAUUUUUUAAAUUAUCCACAUAGUUCAAGAUAUACAGGGAAAUAAUACAACCAGUAUAACAUGUGUGUCAUAAUGAUUUCAUGUGCACAAAGAAUGAUGUCAUAACAAUGCAGCUUCCCCAGUCUUAACUCUGUGUAAUCACUUACAAAAUGAUGUCAUUUUACCGUCUUCUUCUAGUUACGUUUGAAAUUAUUUUCUCAUGGUCCUUGUUAUUAAUAAAAAUAAUAUUAUGGAUAAUGUGGAUAAUAUAAAAAUUAUUACUCGUGUGUGAAUCGUACUGAUUUUACUCAUGUCAGGAUUCAUGUGUUACUCUUGCUUUUUCUCAGGCAAUACAAGAAUGGUGACACUCGUUUCAUAAAAUCAGUAUGACACACAAGCUCGUUUAAUAAUUUCUAGUUACAUGUAUGACAUAGAUAUCACUGCAUUUAAAGAAUAUCGAGGGGUAGUGUAUCGCAAACAAUCUUUCCCCAUGUUUUAGCAAUAUGUUUCAACAGAUAUAAAAAAAAUAAGGCAUUUAUAUAGGUCUACUGCCUAUUCGCCAAUCUACUUUAUUGAAUGAAUAAAUAUUGUUAAAUUAUUAUUUUUUGAAAUGCUUCCUUGUAAACUAGCACAUUGAAGAUUAAUCACUGCUUCUAAAGGAUAUAGAAUAGGGUAUCAUAUGAAGAAGAAAAAAAUGUGAAUAAUCUUUUCUAAAUGGAUAAUCUUUUCUAAAUAUGAAUAAGAUCUUCACUAGUAAAUGAGGAUAAUUUUAUUCUAAAUGUGGAUAAUCUAUUCUAAAUGGAUACUCUUUUCUAAAUGUCGAUAAUCUAUUCUAAAUGUCGAUAAUCUAUUCUAGAUGUGGAUAAUCUAUUCUAGAUGUGGAUAAUCUAUUCUAAAUGUCGAUAAUCUUUUCUAAAUGUCGAUAAUCUAUUCUAGAUGUGGAUAAUCUAUUCUAGAUGUGGAUAAUCUAUUCUAAAUGUGGAUAAUCUAUUCUAGAUGUGGAUAAUCUAUUCUAAAUGUCGAUAAUCUAUUCUAGAUGUGGAUAAUCUAUUCUAAAUGUCGAUAAUCUAUUCUAAAUGUCGAUAAUCUAUUCUAGAUGUGGAUAAUCUAUUCUAAAUGUGGAUAAUCUAUUCUAGAUGUGGAUAAUCUAUUCUAAAUGGUUAAAAAAUUAAAUAAUUAUAAGACUGCAGCUUUAAAAUCAUUUAUAUAAUAAAAUAUGGCAUAACUUUCUGUGUUUAUCUCCAUUUGUCACGAAUCGUAAAACCGUAAUCACAGAAACAUGGCUAAUACUAGUAAUAGUUGCAUCUGUGAAUGUUCAUCUUGGUGCUGUUUUGUUUUUCAAUGAACUAGAUUAAUAAUGAAUUUUUUUAUCAGGAAUAUAUUUUAAAAAUAACUGAACUUUAAUUCUGCAGAAUUCUUGCCAUUCAUUUCAUCACAAAUAUUUAAUUAUUAUCACCGUUUUUUACUAUUGCUAGUUAGACUGUUUGUCUUAAUAUCUGCUGACUAAUCAAAAUACAACAUUCAUAAAUUUCACACCAUGAAAAAUAUGCAUUUGUAUCACUAAUAUUAUAAUGUUAUCCAUAUGCUAAAGAAGUUAUAUUUUUCAUGUUUAACAUCUGAUCGCUAAAUGAAUGGUCCAGACUGUGUCUUUAACAAAACGUUACACCUUAAUUUUGUCUGAGAUUUUGUCAAGAUUUGACAUGUUAUAAAUUGUGUAAUAUUACAAGCGUGAAUGAAAUGGAAAUAAAUAUUUAUAUUCUC